GGAAACUCCAGAAGCAGAGAGACCUCAAUCAUCUGGAUUUCUGCGACAUAUACUGGAGGGAGAGAGAAUCCAAAGCCCUCCUUUGGUUUGUCUCUUCCUCUCUCUCUCCUCCCUUCUCCUACCCACCCCCUCUCUCUCGCUGUGCAGAGGAGAAAGGAAGGGGAGCAAGAACCAACACCAGCAAGAGCUGCUGCCAACCCCUGCACAGCCUGGGCGGUCAUCACUGAUUGCCCACCUAUUACCUUCCUCUUUUGUGAUUUAGAAUCACCCAUCUAUCCCUUAUAUAUCUAUCUUCUCGGUUCUCUGUGAACUCUCUUCUCUUCUAGAUUUCCCAGGCCUCAAGAUAGGCCUCUGCACCUAAGCUUGCCGAGUAGCUGCUGUUCUUGUUUUCUUGGUUUCGUAGUUCUUCGAUUUUUGGGUUUUUAGGUCUCUUGUAUCUUUCCCUAAUCUUGCAAAAUCUUGUGGAGAAGUUUGUUGUUUUGCUGUUUGGGGACCAUGGAUGAGAGGAUUCCACCGCCGUCCCCCUUGCAAUACUCGCCGUCUCCUGUUCAUUCUUCCCCCCAUCCCCUCAAUUCUCUGAGGUAUUCUUCCUCUGAAAGAGAAAGAUAUCUGGCUGAGUUGCUUGCAGAGAGGCAAAAAUUGGCCCCAUUCGUGCAAGUUCUUCCUUUCUGUACCAGGCUCUUGAACCAAGAGAUUUUGCGGGCAUCUACUAUGGGGCCUAACAAUAAUUUUGUUGAUCCUGAGAGAAUCGAGCAUGGUAGCCCAUUAAGGUUACCUGGCCACCCUGUGAAUGGUCAGCCAAUGGAUCUGGAGGGCUGGUCAGGGAUGCAAACAGAGCAAAUGGGAGUUCUACAAGCAUCAUCAAUGGGCUGGAAUGGUGCUCCUGCACUUGUGGGCACUCCUAUUGUCAAGAAAGUUGUGAGGCUGGAUGUUCCAGUGGACAAGUAUCCUAAUUACAACUUUGUUGGUCGCUUGUUGGGCCCCCGAGGUAACUCCCUGAAAAGAGUUGAAGCUUCAACACAAUGUAGAGUUUAUAUUCGAGGACGUGGUUCAGUUAAGGAUUCUGUUAAGGAAGACAAGCUGAGGGAUAAACCUGGGUAUGAACACCUCAAUGAACCACUGCAUGUGCUUGUGGAAGCAGAGUUUCCAGCAGAUAUUGUUGAUGGGCGUCUGAAUCAAGCUGUGUCCAUCCUAGAGGAUCUUCUGAAACCAAUUGACGAGUCCAUGGACUACUACAAGAAGCAACAGCUGAGGGAAUUGGCAAUUCUAAAUGGCACACUGAGGGAGGAAAGCCCAAGUCCACACCUCAGCCCUAGUGUGUCCCCCUUCAACUCCACUGGGAUGAAGCGUGCGAAAACAGGGCGGUAAUCCUGAUUCCGUAAGCUUCGCCCUCCAAAAUCAAUCAUAGUUCAAUGUCCCAUUGCAAGUUGCUGCUGCACCGCUGGAGAUGAUUGGUGAUGCAUAUGCUGGGAUCAUCAGUGCUGCUGGCCUAUGCCUGAUAUGAUCUAUGCGCUUUAUCGACAUACAACAUCUCUGUCCUUGGACUAAUGGUCUCUGUGGGCUUGUGUUUGACUCUAUUAUUAUUUAUUCUUUGUGCACCUGACUGCCUAAGUAUUAACAUUAUUGGUUUGGGUAAGUUAACAAGGCCCGGUUGGCCAGUCACUCUAGAAGCUGGGGUUCAAUGUGUCGGACAAUAAUAAGGUCUCGUUGGUGUACCAGAAGUAGUUGUAAUAUGUCAAGUGCUGAUGCGUUUGUGUGGUGCUAGUACAAGACAACCAGACAGCCAUAGUUGAGACAAUGAUUAUUUGCAUUCACAUAUAGUCGAUGUCUUUAUGCCUUGUA